AUGUUUAUACAACAUCAAUUAUUAGUCUUCGUAACCAUAAUAUAUUCUGACGCAUUAGAAAAUUUUCACAAUGAUGCCUAUAUCAUUGAAAACGGACCAUUUGGUUUAACAUUUAUAGAAAAAAAUGAUAGUUUUGUCGAUUGGGUGCGUGUACCUGAACAAAAUUAUAAACAAUGGAUCCUUGCACUGAAAGUUUGGCGUAUUUGUUCAAUAGUUCUCGGUAUACUUUGUUUAAUUUCUGCAGUACUUGUUCUUGCUUAUAUAAUUCAUGGUUUUCUUUCAAAUUCUACUGGUCCGUUUAGCUGUGUAACUGAUGCUAAAUCUGAUGAUCUAUCAGUCGUAUCUGAUACAAAUAUAACCGCUAAUCUUCGGCAAUUUGCAUUGAAACAUGAUUUUCCACAAGCAUACCGUCAAGAACAAGAAAUUCAAAGAGCAAACUAUGAUGAUGUUGAACAACAUUUAUCUCCUAUGGUACGAAAUCCGAUAGCAUCUCCAUUAUAUACUGAUCAGUUGGCAUUAAAAAAGCUAGCCAAGUAA